GAAGCAGGAGGACGGAUGGCGGGACCUCGGGGCUGAGCGCCCAAGGGAGGGAAAGGUGCUCAAGGAAACCGAGCAAGCCGGGUACCCGAGGUGACAGCAAGGAGAGUCCACGGCCAGCAGCUGCCAGGCCGCCCUGCACCUUAUGCUCCGACGCAGAGCAGGCGGGAGAGCGAGGACGCGCAGGCCCCUGCGCGCCGGCCCCGCUGGGGAGCAGGGGUGACAUGUCCCACGAGCGACCUCCGCGCACCGACAUCCCCCGCAACCUGAGCUUCAUAGCGGCGCUGACCGAGCGCGCCUACUACCGCAGCCAGCGGCCGAGCCUCGAGGAGGAGUCGGAGGAGGAGCCGGGGGAGGGCGGGACCCGGCCGGGCGCCCGCUCGCGGGCACACGUUCCGGGCCGGGGGCGGAGGGCCCGCUCGGCACCCGCAGGUGGCGGCGGGGCGCGGACGGCCCGCAGUCGCAGCCCGGACACUCGCAAGAGGGUGCGCUUCGCCGACGCGCUGGGGCUGGAGCUGGCCGUGGUGCGCCGCUUCCGCCCGGGGGAGCCGCCCCGGGUGCCCCGCCACGUGCAGAUGCAACUGCAGAGGGACGCCUUGCGCCACUUCGCACCGUGCCCGCCGCGCGCCCGCGGCCUCCAGGAGGCGCGCACCGCCCUGGAGCCUGCGCUGGAGCCCGGCUUCGCCGCCCGGCUGCAAGCGCAGCGCAUCUGCCUGGAGCGCGCCGACGCGGGCCCCUCGGGCGUGGCCGGGAGCGCGCGCGUGCUGGACCUGGCCUACGAGAAGCGCGUGAGCGUGCGCUGGAGCGCGGACGGCUGGCGCAGCCUGCGGGAGUCGCCCGCCUCCUACGCCGGCCCGGCCCCGGCCCCGCCGCGGGCCGACCGCUUCGCCUUCCGCCUGCCUGCGCCUCCGGUCGGCGGCGCGCUGCUCUUCGCCCUUCGCUACCGCGUAACCGGCCGCGAGUUCUGGGACAACAACGGCGGCCGCGACUACGCGCUGCUGGGGCCCGAGCACCCUGCCGGCGCCGGGGUCGCGGAGCCCCAGGGCUGGAUCCAUUUUAUUUGAGGCUGGGCUCCUGCCGGCCACAGCAGGGGGGAAAAACCGGAGGCACCUAGGCGUGGGGGGCUGGGGAGGGCGCUGUGGCUCCAGGAACCGGGGGACCACCGUUGGCAGAUGAGUGGCGAGGGGUCCCAGCGAGUCGAGCGGAGGUGGCUUGAAACCCGCCUUCGAAACUCGGAGAGAUUGGGGUAGCUGUAAGUGUGAGAACUCAAGAAAGGAGAAAGGAGGCCCAGAAGGGCUCUGGAAGGUCAAGACUCCUUGGGCUCGGAAGCGUUGUGGAUUGAGGAGUCUUGAUGUGUGAAGUCCAGCCCAGUGAAGUCACUCGGAUUGCUUCCCUCUUAUUGGCCUUAUCACCUCAGCUCCCAUAUCCUGCCGUCCUGUCUUCACCUGAGCCGAAAUUGCCUUGCUUCACCCCAGGAAUUUGACCAUUGCCCCUGACAGUAGGACAGGAUUUCCUCGGCCCUCAGCAGUUCGUGGCUUCAAGCUUCCGGAGUGGGGGGUUAUGUCAGGUUGUACUUUUUGAGUUCCUUCAGCCACCAGGCAAGCCUCCUUAGGAAUAAAGAUGGUGGCAAAAGGAACUCCAGGCCUGCCCUUAUAGCCAAAUAGUGAGGCAUCUGGGCUUCCAGAAAGAUGAAUGCCAGCCUUACUUUUCAAACCUCUGAGCACUUUAUGGACUGUUUGGCAAGGGACAGCGAAUCACGAAAAUCACUACGGAUAUAUUCUUUGUGCCUCUUAAGAGAGGAAAAAACCCACCACUAAGCAUCUCAAUGAUUGAGCAGGUUUCUUUUUGUCUUUGGGCUCUAGUUUCCUCCGUGAGAAAUUAGGUGGCUCCUAAGGCUACCCUUUUGUUGUUGUUGUUUGUUUGGACAGGGUCUCUAGUCCAGGCUGGCCUCCAGCAUCUCAAGCCUCCUGCCCUAACCUCUGCCGUGUGGGCUUAUUGGUGUGACCACUGUACCUCAGGAGCUACUUUUUGGCAUUUUUUUAAUCUGUUCGUAGCACAGUGCAGGUUAGACAUCCUCCAAUGUGUAAAGACCACAGAGCAGGCCAGCUAUGGUGGCACACACUGGGGCACUGAGUUUGAGGCCAGCCAGGGCCACAUGAUUACCAAGCUAUCCUGGGUUACGUGGGACUGUCUCAGAAAAUUAAAAAAAAGAACCAAGGCUCACCCAGCACUUUGAACCUGUGACUGCAGAAGAGGAUAGUUCCUCAUGUUUUGGGGGCACAAAUGAUCCAGGACCCAGGAAUCGACCAGCAGAUAGCCUCAGUGCAUUCCAUAGCUCCUGGCCAUACCUCACUCUGUGACCUUUGGUUUUUGCUCUUUUUCCUCCACAGACUUCCAGCCUGGGUCCCCUCAGAAAAUGGAGAAGAGUAUUGCUGUUAGGGGAAGUGAUGUUUGGGAGCCUCAGAAUGAAGCAGUGCUUGAACUCUGUUGGAGAAAACAUUAUGGGCAUAAGAAAUAGGAAACAGGAAUGUCAGCAGUUUGAGAACUAAAUGGCACCAGAAGGUGGCACUUUAAUCCCUAUCCUGAGCCGAUGAAAUGGAAAGCCCUGAGCCUUCCAUGAUACCCGUUAACACUUGCACUUCAUAUCUUUAGGUGGGAGUCAGGCUGGGCUCUCUGCUAGACAUCCCCCAAUCCCUACUGUAGCUUUUCUCCGAGGCCAGAGUUGAGCCACCUUCCUCAGCCACCUCCUUGACGCUUCUCCCAAGGAGAAAGAAUUCCUGUUACCACUGGACAAGGACUUACCAGGUAACUGGUUUCUGGCAUCCCAUUGCUUUGCCAGCUUCUCGAAGGACAGUUUCUCCCUCCCCCUCCUGUGUGUCAGGUACCCACACAUACAUUCAGAAUUCAGUUUGGGGCUUGUUCCUUUGCCCCUCCAGUCAUUCCUCAGACAAAUGCCUGUUUAAGCUGUGAAGAAGACUCACAUAUCCAGUGGAUCUCCGUCAGGUUCAGCAUAGUAAAGGGAGGAGUCAUCCUUGGAAACUGCCAGACAGUGCACUCUCUAGUGUCCAAAACUAGACACUAGGGCACUGGGUUGACAUUCAGUUGUGACCUCAUUCCUAACGUGUGCGUGUUACCUGUAGCCCCCAUCUAACUUCUGCUGAAUGUGUGCUACGUGCAUGUUUAAGUGGCACGGUGACUCGAGUGUUAUGGUCCCUGUUUGAGAAAUAAGUCUAAGCUCAGCAGUUUGUUCAGGAUGGCCUCGUUGUGAGCCCAGGAAGUCCCCACAGUCUCGGUGUAACCAUGGUGGUAUGUAUUUUUUAUUUGUUUAAGAACAAAAUUAAAAACUUUGCUCUAUAACUAUCAUCUGUCAUCGGGAGAGACCGCCAUUCUUAUCAUGCUGUGCCUUCCUGUCCUCCAAGGGCCACAGACGUUUUUCCUGCUGUCUCCCGUGCUAGCAUCGCAGCUCUGCAGCUCUGCAGGGUCGGCAAAUCCCGCCUGCCUGCUAGAGAACUUGGGAACCUCCAUAAGUGCCAGCUCUCCAGUGGGGUUCUCUUCUGGCUGAAGCCUACCCUCCAUGCCACCGAAUGUGCCUCCCACCCUCCCCCUCCGUUACCCUUGCCUUGGUAAAUUCGUUGAUGUUUCCUUGAGAAAGGUUCAGACUUAGGGCAGCUGCUAGGCAGUUUUUGCUGGACUCCCUCCCCAGGACCUCUGGAAGUACCAAGUGGAUGAAUGUGAGCUGAGGCUAGGGUCACAGGUCAUCCUGUUUGCUGAGCUUUUUCUGUAAGAGGUGCUGUGGCUUGUUCACACCCCCAUUCUCAGCAUUGUAGACAAACAGGACUCUUCCAUUUUGUUUGUGUGUUUGGUUAUGCUUUUUUUUGUUUGUUUUUUUUUGUUGUUGUUGUUGGGGUUUUUGGAGGUGAGGAGCUGAGACAAGGUUUCUCUGUGUAGCCCUGGCUGUCCUGGAACUCUGUAGAUCCACCUGCCUCUGCUUCCUGAGUGCUAGGAUUAAAGGUGUAUGCCACUACCGCCCGGCAUCUUGUUCUUUAUUGAGGUGCUGCAGCAUUUAAGAAUAAGCUGGCACUUUUCCCCAGUCCCCAAAGUUGCGCCUAGACUGAGCUUCCUCCUUGUACACACAAAUAAUAGCAGCCUCAUUCUUGGAACCCUAGACAACAAACUGUUGGUGACCACAAGCCUUGUAAAAUGGGGGGAGGGGAGCUACAACACACUGUCUUGAAUGGUAUUUGUGUGCCUAGUCCUGAGAUUCCCAGAAGGCAUUUCUUGCCCAGAUGUCACUUCCCUGGCACACAGGUUUAAGAUUCUCCUUUCCCUUCCCUUCCCCUGACCUAGAGCAGCAGAAUCAUAAACCCUGCCACCUACAAAUCAAGUGAGACCCCUUUUUUUUAAUUAAUUUAUUUUUUUUAAUAAAUUACAGUUUAUAUACUUCGUAUCCCUGCCGUAGCCCUCUCCCUCAUUCCCUCCCAAUCCCACUCUCCCUCCCUCAUCUCCUCCCAUGCCCCUCCCCAAGUCCUCUGAUAGGGGAGGUCCUCCUCCCCUUCCAUCUGACCCUAGUCUAUCAGGUCUCAUCAGGACUGGCUGCAUUGUUUUCCUCUGUGGCCUGGUAAGGCUGCUCCCCCCAUCAGGGAGAGGUGAUCGAAGAGCCAGUCACUGAGUUCAUGUCAGAGACAGUCGCUGCUCCCCUUACCCUGAAGAGUAUGGCCAGGGAGAACUGCAGCCGUCAACACCCACUCCCAACCCCCUGCUGCCAUAGCCCAGUCACACAUGGAAAAUAGUAUUUGCUAACUAGGAUUCACUUUAGUCAUCAGAAGGCACCGCAGUGGAUGGAGGCUUUCUCUGUGGUUUCCGUAGGCUGGAAAGUGCGGUGAGAGGACACUACUGUCCUUGAAGAAUGCGAGCAGAAACCUCUCCCUUCCUGCAGACCCCAGCGCGGUCCCUAUAGCUGCCUGCCUCAUAGCCCUCCAGCUGGCACCUCUUUCAUUCUCCCUCUGUGAUAUUUUGACUUCAGAGACAUGGUCCUGCUUAGCCUAGCCUAGUGUCAAACUUGUAAAGCACUUCCUGCCUCACUCCCCCAAGGGCUAGGAUGAAGACUUGUCCAAUGCCUUCAUAAUAAGCCCUACUGCCUCAACUUCCAACUCAACUCCCACUUUUUUUUUUAAAGACAGGGUUUCUCUGUGUAGCCUUCGCUGUCCUGGACACAUUUUUUAGACCAGGCUGACCUCAGACUCACAGAGAUCUGCCAGCUGCCUCCCCAAGUGCUGGGAUUACAGGCGUGCACCACCCCGUCUGGCUCAACUCUCACAUUCUUGCUUCCAGCUUGUGUUUGUCGGGAGCUCCUGGUGCCUGCCAUUCACAAAGCCUUGUCUGUAGAGAUCCUGGGUUCAGGUUCCUUUCCAGAGAACGGGAGUCCUGAAAUGGGAAGUGAUGUCAGUAGCGUCAGAAUGCAGCAGUGUGCUUCAAAGCUUGGGCUUGGCUUUGCUCCUCCUGUUACGGCAAGGGCAAAGAUGGAAAGGUUUCUUUUAAACUGGGCGUGGUGCCGCACACCUUUAACCCCAUCAUUGAGGGGGCAGAGGCAGGUGGAUUUCUGUGAGUUUGUCCUGUGGACCUCCCCAAACUGUUCUCUCCAGCCCCUCCAUGCAGCCUGUGUACUGUGCCAGCCCGAAGCCCGCUAGUAUUGCACCUCACUUCAGCUUCCUCGAGUAGCUGCAAAACUGUAUUUGAAAUAAAAAUAAAUAUCAGGGCGAGCAGGGUGGAUGGUGGCACUUGCCUUUAUUCCCAUAAUCCCAGCACUUGGGAGGCAGUUAGACGAAUCUCUAUGAGUUCGAGGCCAGCCUGGUCGAGUUCCAGGACAUCUAGGGCUACACAAAGAAACCAUGUCUCCAGUACCACUUCAUAUUCUGUUUUUGUUUGUUUAGUUACUCCUGUUAUAUUGCUGUGGCUGGCCAGGUCCUGUGUAACCCAGGCUGAUGUUGAACUCAUAAUUCUACCUCUUCCUGAAUGACAUGCUUGAACCAAUGUACCUAGUUAUUACUUAAUUUUUAUUCCACUUGUGGAAGUUGGAGGAUAAUUUGGGGAGUCAGCUUUUUUCCUUUCACUAUGUGGGUCCUGGGGAUAGAACUCAGAUCUUUAGGUUUUGCUGCAAGUACCUUAGUCAGGGCUUCUCUUGCUGCGGUGAAACCCAUGACCAAAAGGCAAGUUGGGGAGGAAAGGGUUUAUCCAGCUUACACUUCCACAUCACGGUUUAUCAUCAGAGGAAGUCAGGACAGGAACUCAACUGACCGGGAAGGAACCUGGUGGCAGCAGCUGAUGCAAAGGCAUGGAGGGGUGCUGCUUACUGGCUUGCUCCUCUUAGCUUGCUCAGCCCGCUUUCUUAGAGAACCAGGACCCCCCCUGGGGAGGGUAACAUCCGCAUUGACUGGGGCCUCUUCAAUCAAUGACCACAGGUUUGCUAUAGCCUGAUCUUACAGGGGCAUUUUCUUUUUCUUUUUCCUCCCUCCUUCCCUCCCUCCCUUCCUCCCUCCCUCCCUCCCUUCCAUCCCUCUCUCCCUCCCUUCCUCCCUCCCUCCUUCCCUCCCUUCCUUCCUUUCUUCCUUCCUUCCUUUUUGCUUGUUUUGUUUUCUUUUUUUUGAGACAGGGUUUCUCUGUAUAGUCUUGGCUAUAGGCCAGGCUGGCCUCCAAUUCAGAGAUCCACCUGUCUCUCACUGCUGAGUGCUGGGAUUAAAGGCAUGCACUACCACCUGGCCAGAAGGCAUUUUCUUAAUUGAGGUUCCUUCCUCUCAGAUGACUUUAACUGUGUCAAGCUGACAUAAAACUAGCCAACAUAGUACCUUUACCCCUGAGAUAUAUAUACCACCCACACUGGAGUCCUUUGACCAUGUAAAAGCUGGGCAAGAAAGAGGUACAGAAAUAGCUUGGGAAAAGCUAUUUCCUCUCCUGUCAGGAUGCUUCAUUGUUUGGGGGUUCUCUAAGUUACAUCCCCAUCCUUCGGCAGUGGAAGAGUGAAGUUUUCUGUGAUAAAGGUAACUCUGAAGUAAAGUAGGAACAAUGUAACGAAGGAAAACAAGGACAUUCAAUCCAGAAUGGACAGAAAUAAAUCAUAAAGGGAAGAAGUCCUUGAAAAGGAUCAUCAACAGAAUUGGUUCCCACCCAUCUGAAUGAUAAAAUAAUGGAAUUAGUUAGCCACAGAGGAUGAGACACCAACAGACCCAUGUUUGUAGUGUAAGUAGAGCCAUCGGAUCUAGGGUAAACAUUAGAAUGAAAUAGUUGUUUUUCAGUGUAUCUAGGGUAAAUAUAGAAUGAGCCGGUAUGCUUAGACCUUGAAGGACUCAUUGUGGAGAGCGAUGCUUGUUAUCUGUGAUUUGUACAGUUUUCCUGAAGGAGCUUCGCAGCCUUGACGUGACUUUGGCCACAACAGUCCGAGCACACCUGGAAUGUCUUGCAGGGCGCACGGAGGUCUUUUUCUUCGCUAAACAUAUAGAUUAGAUCAGGUGCUUUGGUAUGAGGAACUUGUUCUACUAAAAACAAAAAAUCUUCUGUGUAACAGAGUUGCAGGAUAUUUGAUCACACUGUGAACUCGGGGAAUUGUGUUCUUUACUGGAAAAAAAAAAGGAAAACUGUUUCUGCUUGAAUACUGUAAACAGGAUUAAAUAAAAUCAACCAUAGGUCAAGAGGCAGAGCAAGGAACCAGUUGACAAGAAGUGGACAUAGCAUUUUAAGGAAAAAAAAAAAAAACGGAAAGAGGAAAUCAGGAGGAAGGACAGAGAGAUGCUCAGGAAGUAGAAGGGAAGGGAUAUGUAGUUUAAAGGAAAUUGUUUGAGACUGUGUGGGAGAGUGGGCAUUCCUUCUACAUCCGCUAAGGAAGGUCAGCUGGGUGCUCUCUCUGCCUCUCUGAGCUAGCAGGGGUUCACCCCAGCA